CACUCGGACAGCGUCGCCGCCAUCUUCUCGGCGGGCCGUGAGCGCGGACGGGGCCGCCGCGGGCGCGCUUCGGAACGGUGCGCGGAGCGGGCGAAGGGGCGGGCGGGCCGGCCGGUGAAUCCCCCCGCCUCAGCUCUCCGCCGCCGGCGAGGGCGGCGGGCCGAUCCGGGGUGUUUGUCUCCUUCCUCCCCGCGUACCCCCCCUGCCGAACGCCGUCACCGGUACCGUGACGUCCGCGCGGAAGUGGCGUCGCUAAGCGGAGGAGGCGGGGGCGGAAGCGGCCGCGGGAGAAUGGAGACUGAUUGCAAUCCUAUGGAGUUGCCCAAUAAUACGGGAUUUGAAGACGAUUCUGAUUAUAGAGACUUUGAAGGAACAGAUGUGAAAGAUAUGAGACUAGAAGCUGAAGCUGUUGUGAAUGAUGUUCUGUUCGCUGUCAGCAACAUGUUUGUCUCAAAAACCCUUCCCUGUGCAGAGGAUGUGGCAUAUAUCAACGUGGAAACCAGGGAAAGGAACAGAUAUUGCCUGGAGCUCACCGAAGCAGGACUCAGGGUCGUAGCUUAUGAUUUUGAUCAGACUGAUGACAGAUUGCAAACUCCAUACCAUGAAACUGUCUACUCCUUAUUGGACUCUCUCAGCCCUGCAUAUCGAGAGGUGUUUGGAAAUGCACUACUACAAAGAUUAGAAGCUUUGAAGAAAGAUAGUCAGUCAUGAUUUACCCAGAAGUGAGGAAGUUUCAAUGCUGGAAGGAAUUCUUAGUAUAAGGCAUUGGAUCUUUCUUACAAAUGUAAUCACAAUAUCUUAAUGUCUUGCAUUAAUAUCUAAUUCAUGUUAGUACUACUGUAUAACAUUUUGCUACAGUGGAUUUGUGUAUAUCACAGUGCUGUUAAAGGCCACUGAUAAAUUGUAACAUGAAUAAUCUUGUUUUCUUUUUUGUUGUAGGUGAGCAAGUAAGUUUCUUCUUACAACAUUCAAAAAAUUUGGUCUCUGUUCAAAAUGUUAUUAUCCAAAACUUAAAAAAAUAUAGAAAGACAGAAUGUUAUAUAUACAAGUAGUAAUUAUUUUGUGUCUGUUUACCGAUAAUUUUCAUAUCUGCUUUUUAAAAUAGAAACUAACCACUUGCUCUACCCAAUUAAUGAAAAAUAAUUGUGACAAAUGCUGUUUUGGGAAGAACAGAAUUUCAGCUUGAUUUACUACACAUAAAUCUGAAAAUUCUCAGCUUUGAUAAAAAGAAAGAUGGUUCUUGAACAGUUGAACAUUGCUUAUAUACUGACAGUAUCUGAGUUAAAAGCAAGGCUCAGUAUUAUUUCAUCUGUACUUGUCUAUGGCAACCAGCAAACUCCAAAUAAUAAAUGAAAUGUAGUGCUAAUAUAUGAAUGUAUUGUCUGAAUCACAAAUGAGUUAAGCACAGAAUUGCAAUGUAAUGGGCUACAGUAUCCUAAAGAUGAUGUUAUAUAUACUGUAUAUAUGCUAUGCUGUAACUGAGGGGCUUGGAAGACAUUUUAGCCUGUUUACUAUUCUGAAUGUGUUUACACGAUGUACAGGAUAUACCCAAGAGUAUUUUUGUUUCAGUCUUUACUUUCUAUAAUACAGUACUUUGGUACUACUAUUUUUCACACUUUUUCCCUCAAUUGUACAGCGUCCUCUCCUAAUGAAUAUGAAGCACUGUAAUGUUAAUUGCAUUGUAUUGGUUUGAAACCAAAGGCUGUAUGAAAUUUGCUAAGGCUAAUACAAACUGGAAGAUAUAACUUGUAUUUUCUACUAAAAAACUGGUACAGUUCUCUUUAUAAAUCUAUUGUUCUGCUGCGACUUUUCAAGUAUGUACUGAAUGGUAGACUUUUUAAAAAUUACAGUUGGUUAGAAAUACCAGUACUGUUGAACUAACAUUCUGUGAUGUUCAUACUUUUUGUAUUCUUGUAUUAUUCAGUAUUUGCGCAUCUUUGUUUAAAUAAUCCUGCCAUUAUUCUGCCAUGCCUUUGUGACAACUACAUGCAGUAGCCUUUUUGGAGUCGUAGUUAGGAAUAUAUUGGUUUUCACGAAGUCACAGUGACUUCAGUAAAACUGCAUUGAUUUCUACCUGCUAGGGAUUAGUCAUAUCAAUUGAAGAAGCCUAGUAGGGCUUUUGUAGUAGCUUUGGAGUAGUAAUGUACAGCUAUGACUGACAAGACAACUGUUUUCCAGAGUUUAAUUUUGUGUUUAUUAUCUUUUUAAGUUGAAACUUCUGAUACAAAUCCUCUGCCAUACAUUAUGCUUUUAUGCUCUAAAAAUUUUUCGCAUAGGCUCUCUUUGGCACACAGGUCUGUGGCACAUGGUUAGUCCUCUGUGAGGAGAAUGUACUUUACCCAAUUUAUAUUUGAAUAUUUUCCUGUGCAACUAAUUUACUUGUUCGAUUUCAAUGACUAAAGCAUUAAAUAAAUGCA